UCCUGAAGAACUUUACACACGGACAUGUGAUGCAACAAAAGGAGGAGCCUAAGGCACACUCCCACACAAUGCAAGCGUAUAUGUGCAUUCAUUUCAUGCCCCAAAGCUAUGAUUCUCAGACAAGAUGGAAACAUUCUUUCUUUUUGAUUUACCCUUAGGAAGCAUCUUGUUCCCCGUGGUGUCUCUGCUGAUUUUUGUUGUGGAUAUAGUGCUGGACCUGUGGGCUGUAGUGUGCCUUUAUGAGGAACAGAAAUACUUCAGCAUGGGACUUUUGAUAUUUCUGCUGCUCAGUUCCUCGGUUCUCCUGCAGAUCUUUAGCUGGAUCUGGUACUCCGAUCCCUCCAAACACCAGGAGAGCAAAAUAGAGACAUUUAUCAGCAUACACAGUUUAAUGGCACCUGUGCACAUCUUCCAGCUCGGAGUCUUCCUCAGGUUUGCUGCUGUGAUGGAGAUCUCAAUUCGCCGUUUUAAACAGAAUGUCCGAAAGGAAAAUCUGAAUCACGACCUCAGCAUGCUGCGCCUGUUCGAGGCGUUCUCCGAAAGCGCUCCACAGCUCGUCUUGAUGACGUCUCUCAUCAUGGAGACGCAGGAGAUGGAACCCUUUACAGCUGAAAAUGGGAUGGCCUUCGUCGAUAAUUUACUUCCUGUGGAAUCUGUUCCUGAUUGGUCCACGUGUGGUGUGUGUGUCCCUCUUCGCCACCGUUCUACCCUGCCUUAUUGCAGCACACUUCCUGUCCCUGUGGACGUUGCUGGUCAUCUGGGCCUGGUGGGAGAACACAGACUUUAUGGACACUAAAGCUGGAGAAUGGCUGUACCGGGCCACCGUAGGCCUCAUCUGGUACUUCAGCUGGUUUAAUGUAACGAGCGGAAAUACGAAACUCAGAGGAAUCAUCUACCACGUGGUUAUGGG